AUGGCCAGUGCACACGCUUCACCUAGUGUCCCCAGCAUAACAAGUGCACCUACCGCAGCAAGUGUGCCUGGCAUAGCAAGUAUACCUGUUGCAUCAAGCGCAGCGAGCGCAGCUGUGCCAGAGAGUGGCGCAAGAAGGAAGACACGGAAGGCUUUGCUGCCUGGCCAUGCAUCGCGACCACAGGAGGCAGCUGGGGUUGAACCCCCUCGCCAGUCUGUGAGCAUUCCAGAAGAGAGCCCUUUUGAGGAAAAGCCACCUCUGGAUGUGCAGGCCGCAGCAAAGCCACCUCCACCUCCAGAACCAGCUCCCAUGCCUCAUCUCCCUGCAUCUCUCGAUCAGUUGGCUGCAAUGGAGGCCGAGCAAGCAAAGGCGCAAGAGCCUGCGUUUGAACAACGUCCUCCCCUCGAGCAGGUUGAGGGUGCACGGAUUCCUGAAGACCCGAAAUCUCAGGCUGGCUACACCGAGCGCCUUGAAGAGGCUCCUGUUGUUGCGACCUUGCCCAAGCCACCCGUCCCUGAGCAACCACGAGCUGCUCCCACACCAAGCCCAGUGGAGCCAAAGGCAAAGGCCAAACCGCCUCCACCCCCACCCCCACCAUCUCCGGAAGAGCAGCUGAAGGGCGCGUUCAAUGUCUCUGGGGUCUGGCAAUGGCUGGAUGAACAGAAGAUGAAGAGCGAGAAGGAGCAGAAACACUUGCUCGAAGAAGAGGCUGUUUGUUUGUCAGAAAGCCAGCGAACGGCUGAGAAGAUAGCCUCGCUCCGUGUGAAGCUAGAAGAGACGGAGGCUGAACAAAACACCUUGUGCGAACAGGAAGAGUAUGAAAAGGCCGAUGCACUGGACGCAACGAUUCAAGAGCUCAAGGACAAAAUCUCUCGAGAGCUUGAAGAGGUGGCAAUUGGAGCAAAGAAGCUCGUCAGUUUUGCCGAACACCUUUUGAGCCUGACUAGGGAUCGCGCCUCGCUGUCCAAGCAAGCUCUGGAGCGGGUGGAGGCGAUUCAAGGAGAAGAGCAGGAGGAAUUCCAGAGAAAUGAAGAGCGAUGUCAAUUGCGUGUUAACGCAGAGGAGGCUCGCAUCGAGGCCGAGAGGAAGCGCAUGGACUUGGCGCAGUCCCAUCUUGAGAAGGAUGGGCAGAAUCUCAACGAGGAGUGGCAGCAGGUCAAUGAAGCAAUUGACCAGCAGACGACAGAAGAUGCGGCCGAGAGGGAUAAAUCAGUCUCUGAACGAGAGAAACUGGACGAAGAGAUCAAGGAGCUGGAAAGGUCGCUUGCUGAGAAGAUGGAGCAGCGAAAAAGAUUGACGCAGGACAUUGACUCCCGUGACAUUAAAAUCGCGUGUAUUAGAAACAAGUUUGAGAAGCAGCUUGGACGGCUGGAAGGCAAGCAAAAAAGGCUUGAAGAAGCCCAAAAAGAGAUGGAGUUGGAUACUCAACAGGUGUCCCAGAUGGAGUUGGAGCUGAAGAAGGAGCGCGAGGCUUUGGAGGGCCAAGGAGCCAGGCAUCAAUUCCAGAUGAAAGAGAUUCAAAGGACAUCAAAGUCCUUGCGACGGCAAAGGUGGUUCCUGGCUGAAGUCAUCCAGCGGCGCGUGGUUUGGCAAAAGCUGAUGGAGCCCCAUCGACAUUCCUUGAGCCAGGCUCGGAGCAAGUGGGAAAGCGCCACGCAGAAGUGUGUGGAGCUCUCUUCUGCUUCUGCUGGCCAAGAGGCAGAGGCUGCAAAGCUACGAAGCCAGAUUGACAUACACGUGGAGAUGCUUCCAAAGCUAGAGGCCGAGAAGAAGUUGGCUGUGACGUCAAGAAGCUUCAAGGAGGCCGGCCGCCUCACCGAGGAAAUCCGCAGGCGGGACGAAGAAAAGAAGACUCUCGAGGCAAAGCUUGAGACUCUGCAGGCUGGACUUCAAGGGGCCAGGGAGGAACUGGCCACUUGCAGGCAAGCUGAGCAGGAGGCAGAGGCUGAGCUUUUGAAAGUCGAAGAGACUUGUGCGAUCGAAGAGCUUCGAGUGUUGAGACAUCAGGUUAAAGACCUCGAGGAUCUCUGCAAAUCGUUGAGCAUCACUGACCGACGACUCUAUGAGCAGGAGAUUGCCGUCCUUCGGCAUCAGCAGGAACAUCUUUCCAAGAAGUACUCUGUGAACUUGGCAAGUCUGGAGGAUAUAUCACAGGAGGUCAUUGAAGAGCUGCAGGAGAAAAAUGACAUGGAGCUUCCAAGCGAUGAUGAGGAGGAGGAAGCAGAGCAGGUCCCGAAUGGAACCUCAGAGCCAGGCAUGCAGCCACAGCAAAGUGAUGCUCCAGCUUCCAGUGAGAUUGCGCAAGACGCUUCAGAAGAGGUGACAGACCACAAGGAAGCGGCUGAAGCUGAAAAGGAUGCGGGUGAACACGGUGAACCCGCAGAGUCGGAAUCACCUGCUCCAGCGGAGCCGACGGUGCCCUUGAGCCCAAAGUCUGCACAGGAUCGAAUUGGACAGUUGAAAACGUCGAUCAAGGAGCUCAAGGCCACGAGACAGCACUCCUUCAACCUGAAGAGGUGA